UGCUUGUGGGUUUUAGGUUAGGGUUUAACAGUUUUUCUUUCUUUCUAGUUUCUUGAGCAAAAACCCAGUGCUUAGUACAAAACCCUUCUUUCUAGAUCAGUCCGGCUCCAUUCUUAAACGAACUUGUCCCAAGUGAGAAGCUAAAGCUUAAAGAAAACUAGAAAAAUGAGCCAAGCUGCCGCGUCCUUUCUCACCAACAUAGCACGCGCCGCCUUCAGCCUCGGGCUCGGCGCCACCGUCCUCAAUUCCUCGCUCUACACCGUCGACGGCGGCCAGCGAGCCGUUCUCUUCGAUCGUUUCCGAGGAGUCAUCCCUGACACUGUCGGUGAAGGAACCCACUUUUUGGUCCCAUGGCUUCAGAAACCCUUCAUCUUCGACAUCCGUACUCGCCCGCACACCUUCUCCUCCGUCUCAGGUACAAAGGAUCUGCAAAUGGUGAAUCUCACCCUCCGAGUCCUCUCCCGUCCGGAAGUCAAUCGCUUGCCGGACAUCUUCAAAACCCUAGGUCUCGAAUAUGACGAAAAGGUCCUCCCAUCCAUAGGCAACGAGGUCCUCAAGGCUGUGGUGGCGCAGUUCAACGCCGACCAGCUGCUCACUGAACGGCCACACGUCUCUGCCCUCGUUCGCGAGAGCCUGAUUCGCAGGGCAAAGGACUUCAACAUUGUGCUUGAUGACGUGGCAAUCACCCAUUUGUCGUACGGAGCUGAGUUCUCAAAGGCCGUGGAGCAGAAGCAAGUGGCCCAACAGGAGGCCGAGAGGUCCAAAUUCGUGGUUGCGAAGGCCGAGCAAGAGAGGAGGGCAGCAAUUAUCAGGGCUGAGGGUGAGAGUGAAUCGGCUAAGCUUAUUUCGGAUGCGACUCAGGCUGCUGGCAUGGGUCUGAUUGAGCUGAGGAAGAUUGAGGCUGCUAAAGAUAAUGUGUCGACUAUGUCUAGGAACGGGAAUGUGUUGUAUCUCCCUGGAAACAACAACAUGCUUCUUGGGAUCAAUCGUUGAUUUCGAGGAUGUAAGGUGCCGUACGCUCCCCUGGAUCUUUUGAGUUGAUUGGAUGGAUUAACACCAAAAUGUCUAUUUUAUUUGCUUUGUUCGAAUAUCUUGAUAAGUUGUAUGGAUAUGUUGAUGAAACUGGAUUGUGAAUGGUUUAUUAUGAGUGUAUUGGAUGCUGGGAAAUUGCUGUUGCUUGCUUUGGUAUGACCUCCCAAAUUCCUGUCUAUUGGCUAUAUUAUGGUUGUGUAGAACCUGUAGUCCCCCAUGCCAGCUAUAGUCCUCUCGCCAUACUCAAGAAAUUUGGAUUUUCUAGUAAGAUUUUUAUUUUCUGCCUCUGACUUCCCCAGGUUCUUAGUUUUACCUUCUAAAUAUUUUUUUUCCAGACAAUCCACCAUAAAUACUAGCUAUUUUAUCAGUUUACAACGCGGUUGUUUAAAGACGGGGAAAUGCAUUAUGUUGCCGCUGUCCACUGCCUGACCGCUCUUUAUUGAUGGUGG